CAAUCCAAUAUGUAACCUCUAUCUCUGUUGUAUGUGGUAGUGACAGGAAAGCAAAACGUUUCUGGUCUCUUCUAGAGACGUGGCGUGUGAGGUUGUGAUGUAUUAGAGAAUCUUGAGUCAUUUGGUCACUUGAAAUUGUCCCUUUUAUUGAAACAAUGGAUUUGCAAACAGCGUUCUUAUGCUUAACCAUAUGUGUGGUUUCGGCUCUUGUAAUCUAUGGAAUUAUUGUAUCGACCAUGAAAGAGAAGACCUACGAUGAGGCAAUGGCUGAUCGGAGAAAGAAAACUGAGGAACAGUACGGGACAACAAAAUCUACGAAAGACAAGAGCAAAGAUAAGAAGCUGAAGAAAGCUGGAAAGAAGGUGAAGGAGAAGGCUGCCAGCGAGCAGCAGAGUGCAGCAAAUGUUUCGGACAAUGAGCAAGGCAAGCCACAGCACGUGGUUUUCGCUGAAGAGCCGCAAGUCAACAUUUUGACAGAAGAUCCUGUUUUGGUGUCCGAAGAUAAAGAGAAAAAGAAGCCAAAGAAGAAAGAAAAGCCGAUAUUGUUGAAUAAGAAUGAGCCCACCCUGUUAGCCGAUAACCCGCCUCCUGUGCAAAAUCAUUUUGAAAAGAUUCAUCCGAAAGAUGAUUUGGAGUUGAAGCGCAGUCACAGCCAUGAAGAAGUGCACAAAGAGUCAGCGCCAGUGAAGGAGCAGCCUGCGCAGAAGCAGGCCAAAUCGAAAGCAUCGGCUGCACCCAAGCAGCAGCAGCCUGAAACUCAACCGAAGCCUGAGAAGAAGGCGCAACAGCCUUCAGUCAAGAGCACCAACCCACCGGCCGCCGAGAAGACCAAAACUGCGGCCGCCAACCCGGACAAGAAAGAGCAGACCUCCAGCAAAUUGACGGCGAAACCGGCUCAAGCCACAGCGGUGGCCAUACUGCCCGCUCAAGAGACCGUCUCUGCUCCCGCCAUUGUCCAGUCCGGAUCACCCACCGUCAAACCCAACAAAAAGAAGAAGUCCGAACUCACUGUACUGCAGCAGAUGAGCAGUGAUAAGGAGGGCGUUAAUGUGAACCUGCUCAUUCCCCUAGUGCGCAAGGCAGAAAUGUCUAGAUCUGAAAUUCAGCUUCUCAUUGACACUUUGCUGAAUAAACAGUCUGACUCCACUGACAUCUCUUCUGAAUGGAUCGAGGGCCGGCAAGACCCAGUGAUGAAACUGAAGAAGCAGCUGGCUGACAAGGAGCGCGACCUGACGGAGGAGCAGGAGAAGACGCUGGGCCUGCACAACCGCCUCAAGGAGCUGCGAACCGAACUGAACGGCGAGAAGCAUCAGGUGCGCGCGCUGGAGGGCGCACUGCAGGCAAGGCAAGCCGAGCUCGCCGCAGUUGCUGCCAAGCUGCAGCAUGCCGCUGACGAGAAGCAGGCGCAUGCGCAACAACUGCAACAGCUGCAAAGCAAACUAGGGGAAGAAAGACGAGUAAUAAUGAAAUUGCAAGAGGAGAGCGGUCAGGCGCAGGGUGCCUUCCAGACAGAGCUGCUCGCUCGUCAGCAGACAGAACUGGUCGUUGCAACGCUCAACGAGCAGAUACGCCAACAGCUAGAGACGAUUGCGGCGCUUGAAGCGCAGAUGAACGGGCAGCUGCAGGAGCGUGAAGGCCUCACCAGCGAGCUCAACAUGCUCAGACAGGAGCGCUCCUCCCACCUGCAAGACUCGGCCGCGCAGGCGCAGGACUUGAUCCGCCAGAUCGAGGAACUGAGACAAGUGCAAGCGAAAAUGAGUAUUGUGAUGGGAAAUUCUCACAUGGAAAACACCAAGCUAGCCAACGAAGUGGCAGAACUGAAAGAGCAGCUGUCCUUAUCGAGUAGUGAAAAUGAAAAAUUAAAUGCAGCUUUACAAAACAUUCAGGCAGAAAAUAAGAGACUUACUCAGCAGGUGUGUUCGGCGAGUGUAGAGGCGACGCAGCUGCGCAGUGAGAAGGAGAGCCUGGCUGCGCAGGUGACCGCCUCCAUGGAGCGGCCGGCCACCGAGGGCCGCGAGAACGGCGACUCAAACAACUACAACGAGAGCAAGCAUGCGCGUAUCGAGGACCAAGACAGUUUACAAAAUAACAAAGACUUACUCCUAGAAAUGAAGGGUCAACUGAAAUCGAAAGAGUUGACAAUCGACAGCCUUACUAGCGAAUUGCAAACCUACAAGACUGAAGUGACAGAGCAGCAGACUGUGCUGAAGAACCUGAAGGAAGAAGUGAACACACACAAGCAGGAGGCCGAGCGACUCUCAGCCGAACUGCUGCAGCAGAAGUCGCAAAUCUCCUCACUCAAUGAGAAGCUGCAGUCGCAGAUCACCAAAAACAAUGACUUGCGAAAAAAGAAUUGGAAGGUGAUGGAAGCUUUGUCAUCUGCAGAAAAUAAGCUACAAACUAAAAUGAAAGAAUCUCAAAGACUAGGAAAUGGAGUGGCUGAAAAAAUGCUACAAGAACAGCAGUCUUCCACAAGAAAGCUUUUGCUUCGAAUUUUCCCCGAAAUGAAUGUUCCUGAAAUCAAGGACCAAAACAAAUGGUUGGAUGAGCUGGAGUCGGCUGUGAGUGAGUGGAAGUCGAAGCAAACACCGGCCGAGCAGCCAGCCGACUUGGCCGACCUUGAAAAGCAAAACGCCCAGCUACAAGCAAUGGUUUCUCAUUACAAGAAAAUCAUUGCAGAUACGGAGGGAAUGUUGAACAGACUGCAGAGCCACGUGGAGGAGGAGGAGGGCAAAUGGGGGGAGGAGAUGGAGACCCUACAAUGCCAAUUGGAAACUGUGACAAGAGAAAGAGACGCUCUUCAGGCGAGUAGUGGGGCUCAUCAAAACAAGACAGCUAAUGGAUAUUGUCUAAUUGAUACUGCUAGUCAAACCUCCUCUAAACGUCGAAGUUUUACAGGAUGGUUGCGGAAAAGAGUAGGCCUAAAGAAGAGAAACUCCAAGACCUGAAAGACAGCGGUCAACGUCUUGAGAUGAAACUGCUGAAUGAAGCCUUAAGGUCACGCCUGAAUACGUAGUGGUGAAAGCUAAUUUAUGAUAAUUUUAAAUUUAUAUGAUAAAUUCAUACAAUUAGUUUAUUAAUGAAAUAUAUUUAUAUUUUCGCAUCUUUCCAUUAUAUUAUUGGGACCUGAAGAGUUUCUUUCUUGAUUUUAGAUUAAGGUAGAUUGUAUGUCAUAUUCUGCACAAAUUUAAUCCAAUCUAUUAUUUUUCAAUACAAUUGUAAUUGAAUAGUUUUAGUUCCUAAUCUCUGUUUUCAUUGUUGAUUUUUGUUUUAAUGUGUUUAAAAUUUAGAUGAUUAUAUAAAAUGCCCCAUCUUACUACUUGCACAAAAAAUUGUAUUUGCUGCCAGUCUUCAAUUUCUUGGAUUGGUACUUAUUACUAAUUCUAAUACAAAUCAAAUAUUAAAAUUAAUAUCUUCAAUGAUUUGAUUUGAAAAUCUUUUAUUAAUUUUUACUGAUAUCAUUCAAUCAGAAAUUCACUUGGUUUGUAAAAAAAUUAAUUUAUUUUGAAAUUGGCAAAUUUUAUGUUCUCUAUAUUUAUUAUAAUCGAUAACAUUAACGCUAAAGCUAUAAUUACUUGGCUCAUCUUAUUUGAGUCAAUGUAAUUUUGACUUUUUAGAACAUUCCUUCUUUCUGAAUCAAAGAGAAAAUCUUGUAUUUUUAUUGUGUUUAAAUGGAGCAAAAAAUAUAUAACGUGUAGUGUGGUGGUGGAGAAUAAUAUUGGACUGUUGGAUGUAUUCAGCGUUUUAUAAGCUAAUAAUCCUAUUUUUCUAGAGUUCCUAAAAAUCCUGACUCUGAUAUUAAAAAUCGAUUAACGUCUAAUAACUUCAAAUCAAAGUUAAAAUUCCAUAGAAGUUAUAAGUACCUAACCAACUAAAAAACUUUCUUAAUUGAUAAAUUAAUGUAUGGUAUUUUCAAUCUUGAUUUAAGCCAACCACUAAACCUCCAUAAAAACAACUUUUGAUGCUAUACCGGUGUAGAUAUUCAUUAAAAAUGUUAUGCUUGUAACGAAUUAUUUGAAAAAUGUAGUUAAAAAAGAAGAUUCAUAUUUUUCAAAUUGUGCUAACAUUGAAUUAUAUUAUUUCUGAUAUUUUGAAUUAAUGUAGAUUUGAUAAUUAUUCCAACAUAGAGAAUAAAGAGAAGUUUUUUAAUAUUUCAGUAAAUACUCAAAUAAUUUUCAGUUAUUUAUACAAUUUAUAUUUCAAAUUAUUGUGAUCCAAUCAAACGGUUUCAAAAAAUUAUCAAUUUUAAUAUUGAAAAAUUAUAUUUAAUCCUUGAUAUUUGUAAAACCAGAUACUUGUCUUCCUUAUUUUAAUUUGAAAUCUUAACUAAAAACUACGGCAAUUCAUUUCACUCAAUUAUGCUUUCAUCGAAACGUCUUUCUCAACAGUUUUUUCAAUUGCAGCUCUUUACAAAUAAAUAUUAUUGUGAUUAUGUUUAUAGUAUAAAUUUGUUUUUAAUUCAAAGUUUUAAUAUUAUGUUAUUACAUACACUUGUUGAGCUAUGGUGUUAUUUUAAGUAUCCAUUAUAAUUGUUUAAUGCAUAUUUUCAUUCCAUGUGAUUGGAUUGGUUUCUCAGCUCUUGAUUGUCAAAACUUGUAGUAAUUUUCUACUUCAGGUCCCUAAUAUCCGUUCACUAAUAUAUUGAUUUUAAUUUUCCAGUUCUUGUUGAUUUCUUUAAACUGAAUUUCAUAACUUUUAUUUCCUGAUAAUUUUUUUAAACAAUUCUUGUUACUUUAUAAUGUUGAAAUUUAUAUCCACAACUUGGAAACCCGAAUUUGGUUAUGGGAUCCUAGCUUUGAAUAAAUUAUGUAUGUUGAGUCUAGUUGAUUUUUGUCAAGUAGCAAUUUUAUUAAGUUAGUGAUUUAUAAAAUAGCUUGACGUACAUUUAAAAUGCAAUAAUAUUUAUACUAAGGUGGCCUGUAAAUUACUUAUUUCACAAGUGACACGUAAAUGUUGAGUAAAUUUGUAUGUAAUUGUUUUCCAAUUUUCAAAACGUUCUAUAUUGUAAUAAAUUCAUUCGAUGAAAUGCUGUCAAUAAAAUGAAUUAUUUCGUAAGAA